AUGUGGACCAGCGUACGACUUUGGCGAUCAUCUUCUUGGGGACAAACCAGCGUCGCUACUGGCACGGCUGUCGUGGCCAUCAGCUAUGCUUCUUGUAGAGGUACAAAAAGCGACGUCAGGACAAAGAAUGAAGCUUCAAAAUCUCACAAGAAGAAGAGUGACAAGUUGCAGGGACUCUCGCCCGCAUCUCCCAUUUACAUCUUUCGCCCCAAUGACAAGCUGGAGAUUGCCUUUGACACGAGGACAAGAAAUCCACUCUAUGUCCUAGAGCACAUUACACAUCGGCAACCAGAACAGACCACCUCCGCGAACAACACGAAACUGAAACGACCCAACUCAUUCUACGAGGAAAAGAGUCUUCCAGAAGAAUUUCGCUCGCGACCUUCCCAUUAUAAACAUUCUGGCUUUGAUCGAGGUCAUCUAGCUUGUGCUGGAAACUACAUGCAUACCACCCAAAAAGAAGUGAAUGAUACGUUCAAUCUGAUCAACAUUUCCCCGCAAGUGAACUCUAUGAAUUCCUCCAUUUGGUCGCGCUUGGAGCGAUGGGUACAAAAGAUAGCCCAAGAAAAUUAUGAACGCAACAACAAUGUGGAUACCUUUGUGGUAUCUGGACCACUGUGGAUGCCAGCCAAGAAAGCGGGCGAAAAGCUCUUUGAAUUCCAAUACAGCGGCAUUGGGAAUCCUCCAGCGCUCGUGUCGGUUCCAACUCACUUUUUCAAGAUUGUGGUUGCCGUCAAAGAAAGUCAGAUUGUCAAAUUUGCCUGCUUUGUGGUCCCCAAUCAGGAGUUUGCAUCCCCCAAUAAGGUCAAGCCGAAGAGAUUGCUGGAAGAUUUCCUAGUGCCAUGGACGGCCAUUGAGGCUGUCACAGGAUUGCACUUUUUUCCUAGCCUAACAGCUGCAUUGGAUUGGAAGGAAUCCGCCAAUAAACUGACCCAAUCUAUCACGAAAAAGGCGAUAUCAGCUGGAAACAAGCAACAACCCUUACUCUUGACUGAUGGAUCUGCUACCGUGGAGGCUGGUGGUAGAAAAAAGUGGGGAUUUGCAAAGAGCAACAAUAAGCUCGAGCAUUUUUGUGCUGAUGGUGGGUGCUCCUAG